AUGAGUACCUUUUUUGGUGAUGUGGGUUUGAACAGGGUUUCAUUCCUUAGAGAGGACACGGAAUUCAUAAAACUAGCAUUUACCUCAUCUGAAGCCAAAUUCAUUGUAUUUGUCAAUGGCGAAGCCUUUUAUGACAUCAGUUCAGAUGGUAAACCACAGCUGCAUAUAGAGACCUCUACUAGCUUAAAAGGAAUCAUAACGACCUUGAGCCCAUUGUUAGAAACGAAGGACUUAAGAGUGGAUGUCUCGGGUGUGAGUAUUACAUUCUUGGGUUUAGAUGACCGUAUUGAUGGGUUCUCAUACAAGGGUAAGUACAAAGGUGCCCCAUACUUUGGACUUGAGUUUAAAGUAGAUGAUAAAACGUUGCUCACGCCAAAGGACAUUGAGUUUACCACAUCCUUACAAAGAAUGGAUCGUGAGAGCUUGUUCAUGAUCGAUAAUCACAGCGCAACUCUUUAUUCUCAUGCAAAAAUGUACUUGGAUUGGUUGAACAAAUAUAAAUUUUGUCCUGGUUGUGGUUCUGUUAUUUACCCUGUUCAUGGUGGUACCAAGCUGCAAUGCAGUUCAGCUCCGGAAGUCAAUUGUAAUGUAAGAAAUGCUAGAGUUAACAAUGUAUGCUUCCCAAGAAGCGAUCCAGUUAUUAUUAUAGCUAUGGCAAAUGAAGAUUACUCGAAGAUAUGCCUAGCAAGAUCUUUCCGUAAACAUGGUAACUUUGUGAUGUAUUCUACCAUCGCCGGCUUUAUGGAACCUGGUGAAUCGAUCGAGAAUGCAUGUGCCAGAGAGAUUUGGGAAGAAACCGGAGUUCAUUGUGAUGUGGACAAUGUCAAGAUAAUAUCUUCUCAACCAUGGCCAUACCCAGCCAACCUCAUGAUUGGUUGUCUAGGGAUUGUAAAAUUCAAUAAUAAGGAUGAGAUUAUUGAUCUUGGUAAUGACCCCGAACUAAUGGACGCUCAGUGGUUUGAUACUAACGAGGUGAGAGCUGCAAUGGAUAGCUACAAGACUGGCUGGCUCGUUCCCUUUAAGGAUGAGAUUAACUUCCCUGGAGAAACAGCAAUAGCCCACCACUUGAUCAGACACGUCUGCAAACAGCAUCAACGCUUGCAGAAAUUAUGA